AUGUCGAACUCUAAAGGUGAAAUCAAUGUUCAAAAAUCACUGCAUGUGGCUGUUUUAGCAUUUCCAUUUGGCACACAUGCAGCUCCACUUGUUAGUAUUGUGAGAAAAAUUGCAGAAGAAGCUCCCAAUGUCACAUUUUCAUUUUUCAGCACAAAGAAAUCAAAUGCAACCCUUUUUUCUAGUUCAGAUGAGUUUCAUCUUCCUAAUAUUAAACAUUAUGAUGUUCCUGAUGGUUUGCCGGAAGGUUAUGUACCUUCCGGACAUCCGCUUGAACCGAUUUUUCGGUUUAUUAAGGCAAUGCCGGAGAAUUAUAAGAUUGUUGUAGGUGAAGCUGUGAUAGAGACAGAGAAGAAGAUUACUUGUUUUGUUACUGAUGCUUUUUAUUGGUUUGGUGCUGAUCUUGCUGAUGAGAUGAAUGCCAAAUGGGUUCCUGUUUGGACUGCUGGCCCUCACGCUCUUCUUACCCAUUUCUACACAGAUCUCAUCAGAGAGAAAUUCGGAAACAAUAAAGUAGAUGAUGUCGAAAAAGCCAAAUUUCUACCUGGUUUUCCUGAGCUAGAGGCUUCUGAUUUGCCUGAAGGGGUGAUAGAAGAUAUUGAUGGACCUUUUGGAACAAUGUUACACAAAAUGGGACAAGCGUUACCACGAGCAACCGCAGUUUCCAUAAACUCAUUUUCUACACUACACUCUAUUAUUGAGAAUGAGUUGAAUUCCAAGUUCAAAUUGCUACUAAAUGUUGGUCCAUUCAUCUUGACAACGCCACAACGUACGAUUUCCGAUGAACAUGACUGUUUAGCUUGGUUGAACAAACAUGAGAGUUUCUCAGUGGUUUAUAUUAGCUUCGGAAGUUCGAUAAUACCCCCGCCUCAUGAGCUCGUUGCAUUGGCGGAGUCUUUAGAAGAAUGUGGAUUUCCGUUUCUUUGGGCCUUUAGAGGUAAUCCGGAGGAACAAUUUCCGAAGGGGUUUAUUGAAAGGACGAGAGCAAGAGGAAAAAUUGUUGCAUGGGCUCCUCAAAUGGAAAUCCUUAAACAUUCAUCGGUCGGUGUUUGUUUGACGCAUUCUGGUUGGAAUUCUGUUUUGGAUUGCAUUGUUGGUGGGGUGCCAAUGAUUAGUAGACCAUUUUUUGGAGAUCAGAAGAUGAAUGCAAGAAUGAUAGAAAGUGUUUGGGAGAUUGGUGUGAGAGUUGAGAAUGGAGUUUUGAGUAAAGAAUCGAUUUUGAAAGGUUUGGAAUUAACCAUGUCAAGUGAGAGAGGGAGGUUUAUGAGGAAGAAUAUAGUGAAACUUAAAGAGUCUGCAUUGGAAGCUGUUGGAGAAAAUGGUACUUCUGCUAAGAAUCUCAACACUUUGAUACAAAUUGUCACUCGUUAA